UCUUUCCGUUUUUCAGUCACCGGAGGAUGUCGUACGACACCGUCUCGUCGCCGAAAGCGUGACUCCGUCCCCAGGAUUUAUUUGAGUUUUUGCCGCAAUCCCGAGGAAAAGUGCCAAGUCCUUCCGAGGAGUUUGUUAUGCUGCGCUCGUCGACGUCGUCGUCGUCGUCGUCAUCGUCGUUGUCAUCUCGCAAUAGGUCCGGAAAGUUCAUGGAUACAUGUGUAUGUGCGCGUACGCUAAUAUGCGAGAGUGUAUGUGUAUGUCAUUUGCUUAUUUGUGCUUAUUUGCAAAUUGAUCAAGAGACGAGAACCUUGCGUCUCGCGCGAUGCUGGCUCGUUUCACGGGAAUGUCCUUCAACAUAUUGCACGACAUGUAAUACAUACGUUGUUCGCGAAUGUUUUUUUCUUAUAUAUAUAUAUAUAUCGGACGCUUUAUAAUUAAUUAUGAUAUUUUAUAAAAAUUGCCGAUCGACACCGAGUGUUUUGGUUGACGAUAGUUUUGUUUUACUACGUGAUGAAAAGUUUUAGAGCAGAGUAUAAACAUUAAUAGUUUUAAUGAUACAAUUUUUAAAAACAAUAUUCUAUAGUGAUAUGAAAAAAAAUUACAUCUGAAAGAAACUUGAUAUUUAUACGUUAUUUAAAAGUUUGAAUAAAGAAGAGAGAUACAGUUUAAAGUCUACUUUUAAUAAAUUAUUGAAUCACUGAUGUAAUAUUAACAUACAUUAUGGAUAUACCUAAUAUUGACAUUACAAGUCUGAGAGAGAGAGACAGAGAGAGAUGAUAUUUUGUCUAUAUAUAUUUCCGUUAUGUAGAGUUUGCACUAUGCUUUGGUACAUAUAUGUAGUGCAUGUCUAGUGUUGAUGUUACUGUACAUUAUCUCUCAAGACUAAAAGUUAAGAUAUGUUGAAAAUAAAGUUUGAAAAAGAUAUAUUUUCAAGAUCUAAUCUCAUGUCGUGCAUUGUACAAUAUGUGAGCGCAUCCUAUAAAUAAUUGUAUUAAAUGUUAACUCCUCAUAUUAAUACAGCUGUGUAUAUUUAUUCUUGGAUAUAUGAAGACGUUUCUUAUCUUGUAAUGAGCAAAAACUUAACGACACUUGCAAUGGAUAAAAUAAACUUUGUACAUCCUUUUCAGAUAUGACUUUUUCCGCAUGCACUAUACCACAUAAUUGCUCAAGAAAUUAUUUGAUGCGGGUGGAUGAUGACUUGUGUGCUGUUCGACGACAGUGAGGUGUAUACGCCGUGAUGGGGUGGGCGAUAUCCACCGCAGCAUGGAUUUUCAUAUGGAGUUGCUUGUUGCGGAACAUCAAUCUAGCUCCGCAGCCAUCUCCAAAGCAAGUGCCGUGCGAUAAGACAAGAAAAGUCUUUGCAGACUCAUGGGGAAUUAUCAGCGAUGGGCCUAUGGGCUCGAAUUACACUCAAGAUUCUCACUGCGAAUGGCUCAUUAAAGCUAACCAUAGUCGCCAAUUUAUUACAUUAAGUUUCCGGACUAUGGGCACAGAGUGCAGUUAUGACUAUGUAUUUGUUUACGAUGGAGAUUCCUUUCGUUCCCCGCUUUUAGGUAGUUUUAGUGGUAAAACAGAGCCGCAACAAGUGACAUCAUCGUCUGGUUAUAUGUUGAUAUUAUUAUAUAGUGACACAAACUACGUCCUAGAUGGUUUUCAUGCAGAGUUUUCAGUCACGGAUUGCCCAAACAAUUGUACCCAUCAUGGAAAGUGCAUCAACAAUACAUGCUUUUGCGAAAACGAUUGGGGAGGUAAAGACUGCUCUCGGGCGCUCUGUCCAAACAAUUGCAGUGGCGCCGGUAUCUGUGGCUUAAAAAGAUGUGAAUGCAACAGUGGAUACUCCGGACAAUCUUGUUCGUUGCAUAAAACGCAUCCAGAAGGAAAUCGAUGGCAUUGGCUCUCUCAUUCGGAGGGUGGACUAAGACCACGCGCAGCUCAUACAGCAGUCUACAUUCAGGAAACAGACUCACUUUACGUUUUCGGUGGCUACGAUCUUAAUUAUAUUCUCAGCGAUUUGGAAGUGUACAGGUUUAGUACAAGCCAAUGGGAAGACGAAUACGGAAAUGUAUUAGAGGGUGCUGCAUCCGCCGAAUAUCUAGAUCCUAUGUUGAUCGCUACCGAAUUACGCAAUCCCGGCGCCAAAGAGAUAUACGGCCUACCGACGUCGUCUUUAAUCUGGAAGGUCCUUUAUAGCAUCAAGGAUAAUAAUACUUUCGGUCUGCUCGAUCGGACCGCUAACGGCAGUCGCGAGCAUGGCAUGCGAGAGUUUAGGAACAUGCCUAAGGAGAACGAGAAGAGUAGAAGCACCAUUAGGAUCGAUAGAAACGACGAUCCCAGAAGAAAGCAUCCGCGAAAUAUAAGAUCGCGAUAUUCGCAAAUGUUGACAAGAUACCGCAGAAACUUGGAAAACUUAUAUCGAGAACAUGAUGCGACAGAUGUACAAAAUGACAACGCGAAAUGGGAGGAGCAGGUGGUAGCGGGGCCCGCUGAGGAUAAUAUAUUUAUGCAAGAAUUUAUAGAUCCUAAAUUAACCACGAGCGAGUCACUAAAAGAGGAAGCUACGGAACCAACCGUUGACGAUUUACCCAAACCGGGUCCUCGAUAUGGUCACGCCGCAUGUAAAUAUCAAGAUGGCUUUGUAAUCUAUGGAGGAAAAGUGCCAGAAGAAGAUGGUUCCGUGUCGAACGAACUGUGGCAUUACAAUGUGAAUAAGCGUAUAUGGACUUUACGUGCUAAAAACUCUCCCUUCUAUCCUCCCAGACUCACGAGGCACACUAUAACCUUGGCGGGUGACUACGUCUACUUGUUCGGAGGCAGCACUAUUGAUGGAGAAUUUUCGUCCAGGCUUUAUAAAAUUAAAUUACAUUUAUCGGAUCCUACGGCAACCAGCGAGAGAUGGAUAGAGGUACGACCUCGAGGCGGUAAGGAACUCGACGUGCGCGUGGUGGCACAUUCAACCGUCUAUCAUCGCGCUACCAAUUCCUUGCUGGUAUAUGGCGGCGUGGUUGCCAGCGUUGCCCGUUUCAGCAAAUUGUCGGAUCGAAUGUUCGUCUUUCAAUUGGAUAGGAAGGUCUGGUCUGAAAUUCAUUAUCCGAGGGCGCACUUGCGAGACACAUACGUGCCGAGAGAACGCGCGUUCCACACGUGUAACAUCAUAGGAAAUUAUCUGGUGGUGUUUGGCGGAUAUUCUCAUAGACAUAACAAAGAGGAGAUCUGUUAUGACAAUCAGAUGUAUCUUUAUCAUCUCGGUUGUCACGCUUGGGUGAGCCACGAUGUGCUAGGCUUAAUCGAUAAAGAUUCCCGUUAUCCUAAGCAGCAGGGCGUAUUCGCACACGCGGCGGAUGUACGUAAUGGAAAUAUUCUAUUGCUCGCCGGUGGAUAUCACGGCAACGUAAACGCCGAUCUUCUCGCGUACACUUUGCCACCCAUGUUGGCGCCGGGAGAUGAAGACUACAUCGAACCGGAACAAAUUUGCUCGAGACACAAGAGUCUGAUGGAGUGCGCGGCAAAUCCCGAAUGCGGCUGGUGUUCAGCGGAUGAGAUAUGUUAUGGUCGGACGAUAGGCAGCAAUUGCACGACGAAUCUGCAAACGACGCGCUGUCCGGGUGUUUGUCCCGCUUUGGGCGAUUGUCAUUCCUGCCUGAUACACGGCCAACCUGGCGGCGGCUGGGGCACAAACUUUCGCGGCAGGAAAUCCGUCUCGAACAAGCUUAAUCUGGGUACGUGCACGUGGUGCGUCCAGAACGCUCGUUGCCAUCACAAGGACGACAAUUAUGGAGUGUGCGGCUUGCGAGACGAUACACCCUCACAAAUACCAGGCUGGUGGGGUUCGAAAGGCACGGAGAUCACCAAAGUCGAGGAGUGCCGGGAGAUGGACAGGAGACCGGGUUUGACCUUCCUCAAAUAUAAGCCGCCAGUGAAUUUCAGCCAACCCGACUCAGUUGCCAUAGUAAACGCGACCACCGUCGACUUUAUGCCAUCCAUGCAAGGCGCGAAAACGGAAGCGGCGUUGGGUGGUGAGAUGAUCGCUAGACUGACCGGCUUCCUCAGACCGCCGAAUUAUUUUUGGGACAGCGCGGCGGAACAGCUGAAGAUCUGCGUCGGUUACAAUAGUGCGACGCUUCAUGUAUCGCGAAACGACGAUCCUGAUAAGCUGGAAUUGGUCGCCAAUUUAACCGCGGAAACGUCGCAAUAUAUACCGAUAAAAUGGGCGGACGGGCAUCCGAUGGAGCUGCAACCAGGCCGUUACCUGUUGGACUUUGAAUCGAAAAGGAUGGUAACCGCAAGCUACGCUCAUGCGAGCAAGAUGGAGAUCACACAUAAUAAGAAGACGGAAAAUCCGAAGGUCUUUACAUUCGAGUACCUAGAGCCGUAUCAAAACGGCUCUUGUCAUCAGUAUGGCAACUGCCUGCAUUGUCUGACGGAUUCUUCGUGCGGCUGGUGCGACAUCACUCACCAGUGUCUACCGCGAUCGGCUAACGAGACGGAGAGCUGCGCGGCGGAUGUGGAUUGGGACGAGCGGGGCGAGCCAAUACGCGAAUGGCAUUACUUGACGAUCACGCCAUCGACGUGCGCCAACUGCUCCAACUACAUCUCCUGCGAGUCGUGUGUAAGCACCAAACUGUGCGAGUGGUGGACGGAGGAAGCAAAAUGCGCGCGAAUCGGCCGAUUGCCGAACGCUGUGGUGAGUCUGGAGCAAUGCCCGAUCCCGUGCCGACAACGCUUCAAUUGUACUCAGUGUCUGGACGAGCGCGGUAGGUGCGUGUGGUGUGAGGCCACGCGCGAAUGCUUCUCCUUCUCCGUGUACACGUCUGAGUAUCAAUUCGGCCUAUGCCGGGAAUGGAUGGAUCAGGCAGGUCUAAUGGGUGUAACGUCACGUAGCUCCUCACUGACCGGCAACGAUCAGUGCAAGAGUUGCAGCCGGCACUCAAACUGUUCUAGUUGCUUACAUUCGCUCAGCUGCGGAUGGUGCUACAGCCUGGAUAAUCCCAUUACCGGCGUGUGCGUGCAGGGUGAUUUCAAUCAGCCGCAUGUCAACUGCAGCGCGGUCAUCAAUGAGGAUCGAAACGGCAGCCUAAGAGCGGACGAGUCCGGCUGGGCAUACGCGCAGUGCCCAGACGUAGACGAAUGCGAUCUCGGCCUUCACGAUUGCCAUCCCGACGCACUCUGCACCAAUACACAUGGCAGCUUUAGCUGCCAAUGUAAGCGCGGUUUCAACGGCGACGGCAAGGAGAAUUGUACCAAGACCUGUUACGAGAAAUGUGUCAAUGGAUAUUGCAGCGAAGCACCGGAUUACAAGUGCGAAUGCAACCUGGGCUGGACCGGGCCGGACUGUCGGACCAACUGCGGCUGUUACAAUCACUCCACGUGCGUACAGGGACCAGGUAUUUGCGACGAAUGUCAGGACUGGACGACCGGACGCUACUGUGAGGAGUGCAAGGCGGGCAGCUACGGAAACGCGACAAUGCCGUUGGGCUGCCGCGAGUGCGACUGCAACGGACACGGUGACAUUGAACUUGGCGUGUGUGAUCGGCAGACCGGGAUGUGUUUCUGCCGUGAUAACACCGAGGACGAUAAAUGCCAGCGUUGCAAACGCGGCUACUACGGUGAUCCGCGCGACGGCGGAAUGUGCUAUUAUGGCUGCAUGUCGCGGGGUAUGCUGGGUGGCGUAGGAAACGGCAAGCAGGGUCUCGGUAGCCGACAUUCCCAAUCGUCGCUCUGGGGAAGCCAUGCAGGCGAUUCGCCGACAAGAGAGUGUCUCUGGAUCGUCAGUCCCGAGACGAAUCUUUCGUCGGACGCGACUACACCAGUAAUUCAGAGCGUGCUACAGUUCACUAUUCACGACAUCAACGUGAGCUGCCAGGAAAACAGCGUGUACGUGUAUGACGGUUUGCCGGAGUUUGUCUCAUCCACCGGUGGCCACCAGAGCCAGUUACUGGGCGUUUAUUGUACGGAGAGCACCGACUAUCCGGUGACGGUGGAGGCCAAGUCCGGCUUUCUGACGGUGCACUACAAACAAUUAGAUGAAGUCGAGGGCUUCAAUGCAAGCUACGUGGUGAUGACAUGCAAUAACUGUCCGGGAAAUCGCGAGUGCCGAAACGGCAACUGCCUUUGCAAAUCCGGAUAUGUUGGUAUCAAUUGCGAUGUGGAGAUAUGCCCGAACAAUUGCACUGCCUCGAAAAAACGCGGUGUCUGCGACAAAGGAUACGGCCGUUGCGUUUGCAUAUCGGACUACGGCGGUCGCGACUGUUCCGUCCGGCUCAAGGAUCAUCAGUUGAUCUUCACGGAGCUAUUCAAUUCGGAAUAUCUGGCCGAUCAUCUGGAUCAUUUGAGGAAAACGCUGCCGCGCUUUGGACAUAGUCUGGUGGCCGAUCGACGCGGCAGUCUGUGGAUGUUUGGCGGCUACUCGCUUAGCCACGGACCCUUGAACGACAUCAGGCUCUUUGAUACGAAAAACAAUACAUGGAUGCCAGUGACGGUCGAAUCUACUUCAGAGGCGUCUAUGCCGCAGGGCCGCUACUUCCACGCCGCUGAAAUCGUGCACAGUAGGCAGCAGAUCUAUGUAUAUGGCGGUCUAUCGAUGAAAGACGAGGAUGUGCAGGGAUUAUCGAAUAACACUCUUAGCGACUUUUGGAAGUUUAGUCUGCAGAAUCAGCGAUGGAGCCAGAUCGUGCAGGAUGAGUCUAAGAAGGAACCGUUGCCACUAGCCGGUCAUACGCUGACUCUACGCAGAGAUGGAGAGUCGGAGAGUUUGAUUUUAAUUGGUGGUUUCAGCCCCAAGUACGGAUACCUGGAUACCGUUUGGGAAUUUAAUCUGGAAACGGAAACUUGGGACACGGUGAAUACCGAAGGGAAUGGACCUUUGGGUGUUUACGGCCAUUCUACAGUGUAUCAUGGCAAGUCGGAUAGCUUCUACAUCUUUGGUGGCUACACGUACGCGGUGAACAGGACAUUCAUUUCGAACAAGUUGUACGCCCUGGAUUACAAGACACGGACGUGGUCCGUAUUGCCGCCAUUUGAGGAUGAUUUUACUGAUGGCAGCAACUUGCCACAAGCUAGAUUCUUGCAUUCCGCGGUCACGACAGACGAAUAUAUGGUGAUAUUCGGCGGCCGGCAAAAUCCUCAUAACACCUCGGACUCGCUAAUAGCAUACAAGUACUCGUGCAAUCUGUGGAUACGUUUGAUAACGAGAGACAUGGAAACGAUUGGCAGUCCACCACCGCCGGCCUACGCUCACGCGAUGACCCACGCCGAUCCAGAAUCGAAUGCCAUUUACGUCGUCGGCGGCUUUGAUGGCGGUAUAAAGAGUCACGUCACAUUGAUCAGCGUACCGGAGGAUCUAUGCAAAUUGUGGACAGACAAGAUCACAUGCAGAAAAUACUUCGGCUGCUCUUUCUGUGCUGUCAUCACCAUUGUCGGCAUUAACGACUCGUUCUGCUUCUCGAAUGAGAUCUCGAGCAACCGUGAUGAUAAAUGCGAUAUUAACGUCAUUCAAGCGCAACGAUCAAACGGAAUAUUCUGUAACUCGGACUGGAUGGCUGGCAGAAAAUGUCAAAGCUUCAACACUUGCACAGAAUGCUUGGCGGAAUGGCCGUAUUACAAGGAAGACAAGCCGGUCUGCAAAUGGUGCACCAACUGUCCGCACGAUAUCUCAUCCAAAUGCAUUCCAUUCGACCGGGACUGCGAUGAACAAACGCAAGGGCCAGAUAAAUCGUCAUGCACCGUGUCGGUUACCAAUGUGAAUCAAUGCAAGGAACGCAAGUGUCCAGCGAGUGAUUGCGAGAAAUGCAACAGUCUCACCGAUUGCGUGUGGACAAGGCAGGUGCUGAAGACCGAGCUGGGACCAAAGUUGACAGGAGAACCCGUUUACGAUUGGAACUGUGUGUCAGACAGUAUCUUUGAGCGAUCCAGCAUCAAGAUGAGCAGCACGCAAUGCGAGAAAAGAUGCUCCGAGCAUAAAGACUGCAGGAGCUGCUUGAAGGGUACCGGGGCUGAAGGCGGAUGGAGCGAAUGUAGAUGGUCCACGCGAUUGAACGAAUGCAUCUCACCGUCGUAUCAGCCACUCUACUGCGCCGGCGGCGUUUGCGGUUUGGUUUUACGUAGCGCGGAUAUGGACCAUUGCCCAGAGCCGUGCUCGGUUUUCAAGCAGUGCAGCACCUGUCUGAAACACUCGCACUGCGGCUGGUGCUCCCUAGACUCUGCCGACGUAACCGGUCAAGGGAUAUGCACGGAAGGAUCGCUGGAAGCGCCAACCGAUCAUCCAGCAGGCGGCACCUGCGAGAUGCUCUACCAUCAACAUUUCCCGGGAACCGAAGCGCCGAUUACCACCACAACAUUGCAUCCCGCAGACUCUUUAGAAUCACAAGAAAACAACGUAACGUUGUCGUUGUCAUUAUCUAAUCACGCGACAACACCAGAGUUUUCGUGGCAUUAUGUCCGCUGCCCGCCAGAGAACGAAUGUGAAAACGGACAUCACACUUGUUCACCGAAGAGCGAGAAGUGUUUCGAUCUGGAGGAGGGUUUUGAGUGCAAAUGCGGGGACGGAUACAAGACCGAGACUACCUGGGGCAGCGAUUUCGGUAAAAAGAUCUGUGUGCCAAUGUGCACGCAAGGUUGCGUGAGAGGCACGUGCGUGGAACCAGACUCGUGCCGUUGCGAUUUUGGCUACGUGGGCGCCAACUGUUCCAUUCAGUGUCAGUGCAACGGCCACAGCGAUUGCUUGGGCCCAGACAAGCUCGAUGUGUGCACAAAGUGCCAUAAUAACACAAUGGGACAGCAAUGCGAGAAAUGCAUGCCGUUGUACGUCGGCAAUCCUGCGGACAAUGGUCAAUGUGUGCCGUGUCUCGAAUAUUGCAAUGGGCACACGCGAAUCUGCAUCAAUGACAGCAUGACCGUGCCCGAUCCCAACUCGGUCAAAAAGAUGUCGAUAGAGAUGUUGACCAAGCAGCUGGUCGAGGGACCGGUGGCCAAGGCCAAAUGCAUCAAUUGCGACAACAACACUAUGGGCGACAAAUGCGGCGAGUGCGUGACCGGUUACUUCCGCGGCACGGAGGAUCUGCGUGACGUGUGCCGAUCGUGCGAAUGCCACGGUCACGGCUUCACGUGCGAUCCCGUGACCGGCGAAAAAUGCAACUGCGGUAACAAUACGGAAAGCGAGCCGUCCUGCAUCAGCGGUCCCAUGAAAGGCACUAACACGGGCGGCAUGCCAUGCUGGAAGGUGCAGUGCAGCAAAUGCAGGGAGAACUACGCUGGUACGCCGACGAUGGGCCAUCAGUGCUACAAAACCGUCACGGUUGACAACAAAAUGUGCUUCGAUUCGAAAUUGAUAGACGAGUGUAAAAUGAAGCCGAAACCCUUAAACCCCGGCCAGACUGUUUUCUACAUGGUGCAGCCCCGAUUUAUGAACGUAGACAUCAGAGUGAUGGUGGACGUCACUCAAGGCGCCUUGGAUUUGUUCCUGAGUCCUCGGGACGAUUCCUUCGUAGUCACUUUGAAUUCAUCGACCGGAUAUCAAGACGUCGAGCUGGACAGCAGAUUCAGGUGGCGAUCCGAUCAUUCCGAUAUAUGGUUGGAGGGACAGCCCAACAGCAAGGUUCAAAUCGUCGAAUUUCAUUCUCACGGUUUCGGCGCGGUGAACGGCACCACCACGGAGCCGACGUGGGAUACCGGGCCGCAGUAUUUCGUGAUGGAGCGCUACGCGGAGAACUUGGCCACCUUCAUGACGAUCGACAGACGAAACACGUUCCUAAUGAUACGUAAUCUGACGAAUCGAUUGGUGCUGACAUUGCCACAGGACAAACACGAGCUCGGCCAGACCAAGUUUCACAUCGCGCUACGUGCGAUCGAACCGUCGAAUCCAGAACUGAACGGCCGUGCUGCCUACGGGAUGAUUUUCUUUCGACAGGAUCAGCUGCACAUCGAUUUGUUCGUCUUCUUCUCGUGUUUCUUUUCCUGCUUCUUCCUAUUCUUGGCGGCAUGCGUGGUCGCAUGGAAGACGAAGCAGGCAGCGGAUGUGCGCCGCGCCCGGCGUCGCCACGUCGUCGAAAUGCUGCACAUGGCAAAGCGGCCGUUCGCCUCGGCAACAAUAAUCUACGACCGGGACGGCGGCGAGUGCAGCCCGAGCUCGCCGCAGCGCAAGGGCAGACGCGGCAAGCAUGUCAAUUUUCAUAGCGAUGUGAGACCGGUCGCCGUCGAGCCUACCGACGACAGCGUCGCCGCGGUCGCGACGGUAUUCAUUAGGUUACCCGGCGGCCGCCAAGCGCCCGUCAAACUGGCUCUGGGCAGCUCGCUCAUACUCUUGACCAGAGUCUACCCUGUCAAUAGCCGAGUGUUCCUAAGGCGUAGAAAUAGCCACGCGACGAACUGAGCCCGCGUCACAGUGGAAUCUCGAUCUCGACGGUCUUCGAGUUCCACAUCACGAGCACCGAUCUUUUCGUCGCUGAACUCUUCCGGAACGUCGUUGAUGAGAGUCUCCGAUGUUUGAGUGCAUUCUAUCACAAAUUAAGAUAGCUAUAGUAGAAUCUGGAUUUAAUUAAUGAUCCUGGGAAAUUAUAUAAUAGCUCAUCAGAUUUAAUAGACGAACUUUUUCUUUUUAGGGCGCAGUUUUAACUUUUGCUAAAUAUAACAAACGAGAUAUAACGUAAUCGGGUUAUAACGUAAAUUUUAACGAAAUACGUACUUUACUAUAAUUGCAACAUCUCUGAUAUAUCACUUAUAAUUUUAUCGCUUCUGUUUUUUUUUUUAUUUUUUUUUUUAUUUUUAUUUUUUUUUAUUGAUCUCAUCGCACGCGCGCAUUAUUAAUUGAUAACGUGCACAGCGAUAUCAGAUCUAUACGGAAGCUUUUCCCGCACGAUAAAUACAUAAUAUAUAUAGAAUCUAUCAAAUGCAGACGUAUAAAAUAAUUAUAAUUUUAAUAUUCCGUCGCGCGGGAAUUUUAUAUUACAUGAGUAUUGGAUUCACGAAUCCGGGGACAUUCGAAAACAAAAAUCCCUGGAGAAUCGUAAAUAGAAUCAAAGAUGUUUAAAUACGUAAGAAUUUGUGAAAUCAACAUCUUACGGAUCCAGAUACGACUGCAUUUAUCGAUCCGGAGAAGCGCAAGAAUUACGAAUUCUUGAAAUUGCGAAGAAUUUGCAAAUUUUCGGAAUCUAAGGAUCUAUAUAUGCGUGCAUUGACACACGAAUCGUAUCAUGGAUUUGUAAAUGGAUAAAUUCUUUAAUUAUUAUUAUUAUUUUUUAAACCUUAUUAUUGCAUAACAUAGUUAUAAGAGGAGAAAAGCCGAGAUCAUAAGAUUAUUUAAUCUAAAUAUAAUAUAUUGUCGUAUAUAUCACACAUUCCAUGACGAGACUGUAUACACAUUUGUAUAUAUACAAUCUGUAAUUACGUAUUAAUUCGAACUUUAUAUACAUUUUUAUAGAGACAUUUUACGAGGCGUGGUCUCGCGUCAUGGAACAUACCCGCAAGAUGAUGAAAUCGAUCACGCGCGUAUCUGUAUCAGCUGAACGAACAGUAUUAGAAUUGUUAAUUAGAGAAACGGAGCUCAACGACGAUGCGUACGUUAAGAAGGUUCCUAUGCCAAAACUGAUUAGUGAAUGAAUGUGAGAAAACGUCCUAAUAUAAUAAUAUAUUAUUUAUCAUAAGUAAGGGGAAGGGGAAGAAGAAGUAAAGUAAAAUUACUUAGGAGAAGUAGAGAAGAUUAAAAUUUGUUUCGGGAAAAAAAAUGUACGUAUUCACGCACGGGAAGAGUUGCAGACGCAUGUCGCAAACUUUUAUAACUGGUUGAAAAGACAUUUAUAUACUCUCGAUAGAUUGUUUUUGGUCAGAGAUAAUGAUUACGAUAUUAAUCAAAAUGUAUAGAUAAUAUGAGUGUUGUAACGAUAUCGACAUUGACGUGCUUAGUAAUCAUCGCAGAAGUAUGUAAAUGGGGUAAGGCAGGGAUCGUAUUGUUUUAUAUGAAGUUCAAGACAGUCAUAUAAAUAAGAAUACAAACAUCUCUAAAUCGGACAAUUUCUAACGAAGAUGCAAAAGCAAAAAUUUACAUAAAUAAUGGUUUCAUUUUCAUAAAUUUAACUGUGCGUGUAAAGCUUUUAAUAUGUAAAAAAGAUAUCUGUACGUUGCUAGAGGAGAACGUAGGAUCUAAGAAAUUAAGGAUUUGUAGAUUAAUAGAAUAAAUGAUGAAAUUAAGUGUCUAGCUUAUAACUAAAAUAGAUUAUAUAAAACACACACAUACGCAAUAUUAUAAGACGUAUAAUAAACGUAGUUUUGUAUUUGAGAGAUUUUGACUUCAUAAAAAACAAUGAUCUCUUCGUUAUCUCAUUCUCUUGUGUUCGUUUCUGGACUAGAAUAACGUAACGGUACUUUUUGCGUGUAACGAGAGGGUGGAAAUCUAAGACCUCUUUUAUGUGCAUACAUUUUCUCUUGUUGUAUAUCGUAAACGAAGCAUAUAAGCAAGGGCUUAGAUAUACUACUGUGUAUACGCCAUCGAUUGGCAGGAAGAUCGCACGAGUGCUCCUCUUGACCAGAGAAAAAAGAUAUUCGUCGAUUGAUUAUUAAGCAAACACAUCGACGAUACGACGCAACCAAUUUGUUGAAUCUCAGAGUCUUUUCUUGUCAUGUUAGUCUCGUCAUUGUACGCAAUGCAAUCGACUUUUUGUUAUUUCGCAGUAUCCAUCGAUACAGCUAUUACCUGUCUGUCGCGUUUCUCUUUCUCUCUAUUUUUCUACGUAGAUCUAUAUGUUCGAGAAUCGACAGUAUAUAGCAAAAAUUUAACGAAAUGCAGGUUCUCUGUAGGAAUAAAAAAUCUUGUAAUGCUGCUAAAACAAGAAUCUAAGAAAAAA